AUGGCGACGCAGGGCGAUGAGUUGGAUCGCCAGCGUCCUGCGCCCGACGAGAGUGUCGCUACAGAUCCGCUGCUUUAUAGCAUCUCUCCUGUCCAGCUAUGGAUCGGUCGGCUGGUAUCCCGAGUAUGCAAGGCAAAAACCAUGGAGGAUGGAUGGCUCCCCAUCUUUUCUUGUGCUUCGGCUCAUUUACGCACUGUAGCCGCGCCUCUAUAUGCGAAACGCCCAGCAGCGGCACUGAAGUUCUUGCUGCAAAAGGAAACAGGAGGCAUGCUCUUCUGUGGAGCCAUGCUGGAGGCAAUAUCAGCCGUCGCCACCAUAGGCUCGCCUCUACUACUCCAUAAGCUCCUAGAGAGGCCCCAUGAUGCGCUGCUUGCCUGGGGUCUAGUGAUUGUGACAUUGGCCGCCACAGUAUUUGGUCGCGCAAAGGAUCAAUUGUGCAGGGUUCAUUAUGCGUGGAUGGAACUGAUGCUUCGGGCAGCCAUUUUCGAGAAAAGCAUCAACUUAUGCCCUGAAGCUCGCGUUGAGUACCCCCCCGAACGCAUCGUUAACAUGAGCUCUGGCGACGCGGAUAACCUGGCGUACUAUAUGCUGAAGGUUCAUGACAUAUGGAGUGCGCCCUUGCAAAUCAUUGGCAUUGCGGUUCUUACUGUUACCAUCAUGGGACCAGCUGCACUCUUUGGAUUUGCACUCGUGCUGGUGAUAUUUGUGUCUCAGUCUUGGGCCAACAAAGGAACGCGCAGUGCCCAGAGGGUUUAUAUCUCGACUAACGACGGACGAUUGGGAGCUUUGCGAGAACUUUUGUACGGCAUCGGUGGUGUCAAGGCCCUUGGUUAUGAAACGGUAUUUAAAGAGCGGAUUAACCAGUUUCGGGACAAGCAGGCCGGAGCGCUGCGCAAGUAUCUCAUUCUUUCCUUCGGUUACUUCACAGCUGUUAACCAAGCUGUGAGUGGCUUUGCUGCUGGUGUGGCAUUUCUGGCCUAUUACCUCAUGGGCCACCAGCUAACAGCAGCCGUCGUAUUCCCUGCAUUGACGUAUUUUGGUAUGUUGUAUCAACCUAUCUCCAGCGCCUCUUUGGCCAUUACGAGACAGUUUGCCACUUGGCCGAGUUUUCGCAGAAUACAGGGAUUCCUAAGAGCAGACGAGUCGGACUUGACUGAGUAUACAAGCGGUGAAAGACGGGGACUAGUCAGUUUCAAAGCGGCCACCUUCUCGCAUCCAAUUUCUGAUCCCAAUUCCUCAUCAGCCACGGCUGGUCUCGAGGUAGGAAACCUCGACAUCCCUUCCCGCCAGCUGACAAUCGUCGUGGGUCCUACUGGAUCUGGAAAGUCAACCUUUUUGCGAGCCAUUCUUGGGGAUGUGACCAGGGCGUCGGGAUCAUGUAGCGUUAACGGCUCUGUGUCCUACUCAGCCCAGGACGCCUGGGUUUUCUCCGGCACUUUGCAGGAAAACAUUGUGUUUGCGGCCCCCUUUGAUGCUACUCGCUGCCGCACCAUCAUGAAGGCAUGUGGUUUGGAUCAGGAUUUCCCAGGAGAAAACACAUAUAUCGGAGAGUCGGGGAACAAUCUUAGCGGUGGUCAGCGAGCACGCAUUGCGUUAGCCAGGGCUCUCUAUUCGGAAUCCGAUAUACUACUGCUUGAUGACCCUUUUGCUGCUGUCGAUGCCAAAACACGAGCACUGUUAUUCGAUACUAUCCGAGCUCUGGAGAAAACUGUGGUCCUCGUUACCUUACACCAAUCCUUUAUCCCUAGAUGCGACAAUGUCAUUGUAAUCGAAGAUAGUAAGAUUGCCUGGGCCGGUACUAGCAGCGACUUUGUAAUUACAUCCGAACUUUGGGAGAAAUAUAUUCAAGCCGCCAAUGUAUCCGAGAGCGAUUCCAAUUCCACCAAUGAAAGCGAGGGAGAUUUAGAAUCUGACGAUACAAAGCCUCUCGAAGCAACAUUAGUUGGUAUGAGCGAGUCGUCUUCUACAGAUGAGGACGUUUUCGAAGAAGAAGAUCGAGCCAAGGGCACCGUAAGUUUCACGACUCUAAGAUUCUAUGCCGCCUGUGCUGGCGGCUUCAUCGAUGUCGUAUCGAUCGGCGUAUUGGCUGCUCUUUUGACAGCCGCUAAGACAAUGUCUUCGUACUGGUUCGUCUGGUGGAUCGACGAUGCAUUUCAUCUACAAGGCGGCCAGUAUCUUGGUGGAUUUAUAGGUUUGACUGUCUCGCCAGGCUUCCUUGCAGCUCUUCUUGGCGUUGUGUUGGUCUUCUCAAGCCUUCGCGCGAGCCGCAUCAUCCACAGCACUAUUGUCGACAACAUUCUUAGCGCUCCGAUUGCAUAUUUUUCUCGUCAGCCUGUCGGUCGGAUUCUUAAUAGGUUCACACAUGACGUUACAUCUAUGGAUGUGCUUAUCAUGAACGCUAUUGAUGGUCUUAUAGCUGCUGGAAGUGCACUGAUUGCGGCAAUUGCUCUUGUGGCAGCCGCUGCUCCAAUCACCUUGUUAGCUGCCAUUCCGUCUGUAAUGGUUGCAAGCUGGUAUCAAUUACAAUUCGCUGUUGCUUCGAGGGAGGUGCAAAGAUCAGCUUCUAUCUUGCAUUCGCCGGUACUCAGCAUCGUCAGUGAAGCACUUCGAGGCAUGAGCUCCAUUCGGGCUUUCCGGGCAGGCGGCUUUAUGAGCAACAAGCACGAUCGAGCGCUUGAUACUUACAUGUCGGCCGUGAUAUGUCGAAAGUCCCUCGACACUUGGGUAACAUUUCGUGCCGAGUUAUCAACGGUGCUGCUUCUCUUAGUCACUGCGAUGCUUGUCGUAUAUACCGAUGAAAAUAGCAGCGUGGGUCUCUCCGGCACACAGGCGGGUCUGGCCCUCAGCAAUGCUACAGCCAUUUCUCGCAGCAUUUAUCUAUUCACCUGGGCUAUUACUCAACUGCAGAUCGAAAUGAAUUCGAUUGAACGACUGAAGACCUAUUACGAAGGUAUCCCGCGAGAGGCAAACCACUCAAAUGAUGCAGCACCCAAGCCUCCGGCUGAUUUCGACUCAAUCCAGUACAGGAACGUCUCCGUUAUUUAUAGAGGACGGCAGAACCCGGCCUUAGAUAGUGUCAACCUAGAGCUGCCCCGAGGCGAAAGGGUGGGUAUCAUUGGCCGAACAGGCAGCGGAAAGUCGACACUGAUAUCUACAUUGGCACGACUCGUGGAUGUAACCAGUGGCAGCAUCAUGAUAGGAGAUGCUGAUAUCUCAGAAAUGGACCCCCACAAACUCAGAACCGAACUCGUGUGCACCCUGUCACAACAGCCUCUAUUGUUCAAGGGCACCAUCCGCGAGAACUUGGACCCAGCUAGCCGCCACAGUAAUGAGAAACUUCUCGAAGUACUGAGGAUAUGCCAAUUGAGCCCAUCGCUAGUUGGUUCAGCCGAAGGUUUAUCGAGGGAGCUUAUAUCUGAGGCAUUAGAUCUCUCAGCUGGACAGCGCCAAUUGCUUUGUGCAGCACGUGUGCUACUAAUGGAGCCUCGCAUUUUGCUGACUGACAUGAUAUUGACCGUAAUAGCGUCGGCAAACGUCGACUUCGCCGCCGAAGCAGCCCUUCAGGAGGCGCUGGAAGCCUUGCCUGCCGGGACAACCGUAGUGUCUGUUGCUCAUCGUGCUGCAACUCUCUCAUGGAUGGACCGCAUUAUCACAGUGGAUUCUGGGCGGAUCGUUGAAGAUGGCGCACCGAAAGACCUGCUACGCCAGCAAAAUAGCUACUUUUAUCAAGUCAUUGCCCGAGAUGGAGAGGGAGCGAUACGUUCUGCGUUGGCUGUGGCGCAGAAACACAAUAGAACCUAA